AUGCUGGACCAUCUCUUCAAGGAUUACCAGGACCCUAGGCUCGCCAAGACCGUCGCUGUGGCGUCGGCGGUGGCGACGGGAGGCGCCCUCGCGUACUAUUUCCGCGCGAGCGUCGUCAAUGCGGCGGAGUGGGUGCUCAUCAGGGCCCAGAGCUACGGAGGAUGGCCGGCGCCGAGCGCGUACCUGCAGAAGGGGUUCGAGCCGGUGACGGAGGAGAUCUUCGCGCAGGAGCUCGGGUGUAAGACGGGCAACCUGCCCAGCGACAUGCAGGGCUGCUUCCUCCGCAACGGCCCGAACCCGCAGUUCCGCCCCACGGGCCGCUACCACUGGUUCGACGGCGACGGCAUGCUGCACGCGGUGCGCGUCAAGGACGGCCGCGCGAGCUACUGCAACCACUUCGUGCGCACGUCACGCCUCCUCCAAGAGCAGGCCGCGGGCCGCCCCGUAUUCCUCAAGUUCGGGGACCUCCGCGGCGUCCUCGCGCUCGGCCACAUCUUCGUCGCGUACCUCCGCAAGGCGCUCGGCGUAGCGACGGACAAGGACGGCGGCGGCACCGCCAACACAGCGCUUCUGUGUCACGCACAGCGCCUCCUCGCGCUCCACGAGGGCGACCUGCCGUACCACCUCCGCGUCGCGUGCGACGGCGUCCUGGACACAGUCGGGCGGCUGCAGGUGCGCGGCGCGUGCGGGAAGUGGGAGCUGGCCUUCACCGCGCACCCCAAGGUCGACCCCGUGACGGGGGAGUGCCACUUCUUCGGGUACCGCGUGGACAAGGCGCCGUUCUGCGUGUACGGCGCGAUGGACGCCAAGGGCCAGCUCAUGUUCCAGGCGCCGGUCGACAUUCCGCGCGGCAUCAUGAUGCACGACUUCGCCAUCACCGAGCACUACGCGAUAUUCCUGGACGUGCCGCUGGAGUUCGAGCCGAGGGCGAUGGUCGCGGGCGGGCUGCCGUUCGAGUUCGUGGACCGCCCCACGCGGAUCGGGGUCGUGCGGCGCGGGCCGUACGCGGGCGGGAGCGCGCCGGAGGUCACGUGGUUCGAGUGCCCGCGGUUCAUGUGCUUCCACGUAGCGAACGCGUGGGAGGAGGGCGGACACAUCCGGCUGUUCCUGUGCAAGUUCGACAAGUUCACGCUCGACCUGGACCAGUACCAGGUGCUGCGGAAGACGUGUCCCGAGGAGCUCCCCACGCUGGCCGAGGUGCGGCUUGACCUGAAGCAGCUGGGCAAGCCGAACGCGAAGGCGCACCUCCCCGUGCCGCUGCACUCGGCCAAGUACGCCACGGACUUCCCCCGCAUCCACGAGGGCCUCGUCGGCCGCCGGAGCAGGUACUGCUACGCCGGGUGCAUGGCCAUCGGGAGCUCGGAGCCGUUCUUCACCGGCAUCAUGAAGGUGGACCUGACGCAGCCCGGGGGCCCUGCGCCGAGCAGCGACCCUGACAGGCACGUGGUCGCGACCACGACGUACGGCGGACGCAAGUACGGCGGCGAGCCGGUGUUCGUCCCGCGGAAGCCCGGCGCGGCGCCGAGCGGCGGCAACGAGGACGACGGCUGGGUGGUGACGUACGUGACGGACGAGGACACGCGACGUUCGACGAUGAAUGUGUACAGCGCCAAGGACCUGUCCGCGGUGUGCAGCGUGGCGCUGCCGGCGCGCGUGCCGUACGGGUUCCACGGGAUGUGGAUGACGGAGGAUCAGCUGCAGUCGCAGCUCGCGGCGUGA